AUGAAUGAGCACGCUCGUAAACGAGACUCGAAGUGUACGAAAUGCGGCAAGUUCUUCGAGAUAUGCCAAACAUCACUCCACGGUGACGGGUCUAGCAGGGCAUGGAGACUUUGUUUCAUACCUUGUUAUUGCGGGAGAGAGUUCUAUCCCGACAGGGCCCAAGCUGCAAUACCACUCGCAGAUCAUGAGUACAAGCCAGACCACCCAGCCUAUAGAGCCCUCGAUGACGAGUACGAGGAUGAGGACGAAGAUCAGAUCCAUGAGGAUCAUGCCGGUGGCGAAUGA